UUCCCGGCGGCCCGUGCGUCGGCGGUGGUUGGGUGGUAAGAUGGCGGCUGUGAGUCUGCGGCUCGGCGAUUUGGUGUGGGGGAAACUCGGCCGGUAUCCUCCUUGGCCAGGAAAGAUUGUUAAUCCACCCAAAGACUUGAAGAAACCGCGUGGAAAGAAAUGCUUCUUUGUGAAGUUUUUUGGAACAGAAGAUCAUGCCUGGAUCAAAGUGGAACAGCUAAAGCCAUACCAUGCGCACAAGGAGGAAAUGAUCAAGAUCAACAAGGGGAAACGAUUCCAGCAGGCUGUGGAUGCUGUUGAAGAGUUCCUCCGGAGAGCCAAAGGGAAAGACCAGACAUCGUCCCACAAUUCUGCUGAUGACAAGAAUCGGCGUAAUUCCAGUGAGGAGAGAAGUAGGCCAAACUCAGGUGAUGAGAAGCGGAAGCUUAGCCUGUCUGAAGGGAAGGUGAAGAAGAACAUGGGAGAAGGAAAGAAGAGGGUGUCUUCAGGCUCUUCAGAGAGAGGCUCCAAGUCCCCUCUGAAAAGAGCCCAAGAGCAAAGUCCCCGGAAACGGGGUCGGCCCCCAAAGGAUGAGAAGGAUCUCACCAUCCCUGAGUCUAGUACCGUGAAGGGGGUGAUGGCUGGACCGAUGGCCGCGUUUAAAUGGCAGCCGACCGUGAGCGAGCCUGUGAAAGAUGCAGACCCUCAUUUCCAUCAUUUCCUGCUCAGCCAAACUGAGAAGCCAGCUGUCUGUUACCAGGCAAUCACAAAGAAGUUGAAAAUAUGUGAAGAGGAAACUGGGUCCACCUCCAUCCAGGCAGCAGACAGCACGGCCGUGAAUGGCAGCAUCACACCCACAGACAAAAAGAUAGGAUUUUUGGGCCUUGGCCUCAUGGGAAGUGGCAUCGUCUCCAACUUGCUAAAAAUGGGUCACACAGUGACUGUCUGGAACCGGACUGCAGAAAAAUGUGAUUUGUUCAUCCAGGAGGGGGCCCGCCUAGGAAGAACCCCCGCUGAAGUCGUUUCAACUUGUGACAUCACCUUUGCCUGCGUGUCAGAUCCAAAGGCAGCCAAGGACCUGGUGCUGGGCCCCAGUGGUGUGCUGCAGGGGAUCCGCCCCGGGAAGUGCUACGUGGACAUGUCAACAGUGGAUGCUGACACAGUCACCGAGCUGGCCCAGGUGAUUGUGUCCAGGGGGGGCCGCUUUCUGGAAGCCCCAGUCUCAGGGAAUCAGCAGCUGUCUAAUGAUGGGAUGUUGGUGAUCUUAGCAGCCGGAGACAGGGGCUUGUAUGAGGACUGCAGCAGCUGCUUCCAGGCAAUGGGGAAGACCUCCUUCUUUCUAGGUGAGGUUGGCAACGCAGCCAAGAUGAUGCUGAUCGUGAACAUGGUACAGGGAAGCUUCAUGGCCACCAUCGCUGAGGGGUUAACCCUGGCCCAAGUGACAGGCCAGUCCCAGCAGACACUCUUGGACAUCCUCAAUCAGGGACAGUUAGCCAGCAUCUUCCUGGACCAGAAGUGCCAAAAUAUCCUGCAAGGGAACUUUAAGCCUGAUUUCUACCUAAAGUACAUUCAGAAGGAUCUCCGCUUAGCCAUUGCCCUGGGGGAUGCCGUCAACCAUCCUACUCCAAUGGCAGCUGCAGCCAAUGAGGUGUACAAAAGAGCCAAGGCACUGGACCAGUCUGACAAUGACAUGUCUGCCGUGUACCGAGCCUAUAUACACUAAGCCCUUGAUACCCCACCCCGCCCCCUCAGUCUUCCCUCUGACCCCUCCUCCUCACAUGGGGUUGGGGUCCUGGGACUUAACUCUGGACCAGUCCACCUGUCUCCAUCUCCUUUUAUACAGACUUUGAGACUUGCCAUCAGCACAGCACACAGCGUCACUCCUCCCCUGGAGGUCCUGGGGAGGGGAGGGGUGUCAGCAGAAUUGGCCUUUGGGAAAGCUCUUGAGCUGGGCACUGGCCCUGGACUAGGUGGCUGUGUGUUCACACACACACACACACACACACACACACACGGUGGCUGUGUGUUCACACACACACACACGGUGGCUGUGUGU